AUGUCUUAGAUGUAUUGUGGCACUUCAUCGACGCUGUCGAUAUCACAGAACAUCAGUAAACGGCUUAAGAUGGUUGCUCAGAAUUGUAUGUGGAGUGAUUUAUUCGACGAUCAAUCACGGGCUAAUUUGGAAGGGGGAUACGUAGCGACAGGGAUAAUUUCAUCUCUUCUUGGUAUCUGGCUGAAUCUUGCUUUGUUAUUGACUAAUCUAAGAUCAGACUUGAGCUACCGUAAUCUGGCCUUUUUUACGGUUAUCGCCUGUUUAAGACGAGCUAUCUCCGUAGUCACCCACCUCCCACUUUUUAAUUACUCAGAGAGUUUGAAAUAUGAAACUCAAGACAUAUCCUGUGAUAUUUCUGGCUUUUGGGAUUCAUUUUGGUCUGUGUACGAAGUUGAAUGUUUGACACACGUGUGCAUUGAACGAUAUGUUAUAGCUAAGUAUACUACUAGAGGAUGGCAGAUUCAAAAAAACCACUACAUUUUGUAUCAAGGAUUAUGUCUGUUUUUUGCUAGUUUAUAUUCAUUACCGCCUUUAUUUGGAGUCGGUCAAUUCGGAUAUGAUUUUUCAUGCCAAUCUUGUGUCUUGGAUAUGGUUUUACCGGCGACGUGGCAGAGAUAUGUUGUCCUUGCAAUAUUUUUGCUUCGCAGUGUAAAAUCAACAGGCUUUAUGUUAACAAUGCUGAUUUGGGCAACAAAUUUAGAAGCGAAAUAUGAUGAAUCGGAAAAAUUAAUGAAAGAAAUACGAUUUACUAAGAGUGUAAUUGUUAUAACUAUCGUGAACCUGCUUUGUUGGAUGCCAAUAGCUGCUAUACGAGGUUGGGUUGUGCUUUCGAGUCUGCUUUCUGAUGGUGCUCCAUUUCAGCUCUCGGUCUCAGCAAUACAGUGGGCGGUAUGGAUUCAUUGGGCGGCGCCUGCGUUUACUACAAUAGCAAUGUUUCUUGUCGACGCUAAAACUCAUCAGAAAAUGAUUCAGAUUUUUAAAGGUGGCGAUAAAACUGAUAAGCUUGCUAAGGACGAGUAGGAUUCUUAUUCUAUACUCUAACGUACAUAUAUAUAUCUGUACGUAUUAAUGUAUGAUAGACAAAUCAUACAUUUAAUUUUUGUUCUUAUUGUCAACGAUUAUUCUAACGCAUGCUUUAAGUGCAUAGCUUUAAGAAUCGAUGUAUUCGUGCAAUAUGUAUAAGUUAGUACGAUGCAUAUUCCUAUGAAUUAUUAUUAAAAAUGUUUUUUCAGUCAACUAUCAAACGUAUAGUCCAUAUGUAAAUUGUGUUUUGUGAUUUAUUCCAAAUUGUGUAAUAAUAAUUUGUAGGUACUCGUAGGUUUUUUAAUAAUAUUAUGUUUAUUUAUAUAAGUUGUGUUAUGAAAAAACAAAUUAAAAAAUUAUAAGGAGGAUAUUUUUUUUGAUAAUAAUAAUAAAUUUUGGGUUUUAAAAAAUGUUAACGUUUAAGUUUAAGUUGGUAAUUGUGUUUAUGUGAAUUGAUUAUGUUGCUUAUAUUUUCAAAAGACAACAAUUAUAUUUGGCAUAUCAUCAUUCAAGUUUAGAAUAAUAAAUAAUCAUAAAUUAUUCUUAACGUAUAAUGUAAUUGAGGGUAUAAGUAUUUUUUAUACACAUGGUAUUCCCUGAAAGGCGAGUUUAAAUUCUCACAGUGAGCCACAGUAUCAUAAUAAGUUAAUCCAUCAUGAACAGGUUAUCGAUUAAUGUUUCAUUAAGGUACAACUUCUUGCUGUUUACUACUAGCGAUUUCGAUGUUAGUUUUGAUGUCUUCAUU